AAAAAAAAAUAAAAAAAAAAAAUAAUAAUCCUGUUUACAUUUAAGUUACUACUAUCAAAAGUAUAUAUAUUAUAAUACAAAGCCGGCUUUGUUAUAUCAUUUUUUUUUGCAUUUUAUUUAAUAAUAACUUCUUCACAAUACCUCACUUUACACGUUUGCAUUCCUCAAUUUUAAAAAUGCACGCCAACAAUCAAACUAAUAAUAAUAAUAAUAAUUCAACAUCGGCAAUCGAUCUUACUUAUAUUUAUACUUUAUCAAUUGUAAAAAUUAAAUCUAUUGGUAAUCAAACUAAUUCACCAAAAAUUCGUAAAGAUUCUUCUAAUCAUUUACGUAAAUUGGUCUUAAUUAAUACUUUUAUUGAAAGAAAAAUGGCUGUUUAUGGGGAAAUAUUAAAAUCGAAGAGAAGUCAGCAGCAGCAUCAACAACAUCAACAACAUCAGCAACAUCAACAACAGCAACUUGUUCAUCAGUUACCUCCUCUUACUCCUCCUCCAUCUCCUCCAAUGAAUAAACAUUUUGUAAUGUCCCCUUCCCAAAAUGUUCAACAUAAACAACAGCAACAGCAACAACAGCAACAGCAACAUCAACAGCAACAUCAACAUCAACAUCAACAUCAACAUCAACAGCAGCAACAACAAAGGGUGAAGAAAUCUGGUUAUUCGUAUGGUGGAGGUUUUAAAAGGGUUCAACAACAACAAAAACAACAGCAACGUCAAAAACCUUUCCAAGUUGUUCAACCUAUUCAAGUUUAUAGUAAUCAAGUACCGUUGGUUCCUCAAAGAACUGGAUUCAAUUUAGUUCAACAACCGCAAAUUCAUUGGAUUCCAAUUCAAGUACCCACUCAUCAUCAUCAUAAUAAUAAUCAUAAUCAUCAAAUGCAUUAUAACUAUAGCGUGGUACAGACCCAGGAACAACAACUUUACUUGCAACAACACGUUUUCUUGCCUCCUCAUCCGCGUGGCCCUCAUGCUCCACCGCUUCAUUUGGCCAAGUUGGUUAGAAGGCCUCAAUUGGUUAGAAUGUAAUAUAUAAUUGAUGAUUAAUAACACAAUUGAGGAUGGAUAUUGGGAGAUUGGAAAAGGUGAA